AUGGUGUGGACGACUACGUAUAAGAUUCCACAGAGCAUAGCCAUUUUAGCUGUGGCAGGAACUAUGCUGGGGAUGGAUAUUUCAUCAAUGUCUAUUUUUUUGGGGUCAGAGUACUUUAACCGUUACUUCAACUACCCCGGGCCGGUUAUUCAAGGCUUAAUGACCGGGGCGAACCCAGUUGGUGGUUUAAUUGGGUGCGUGCUCUUCGGAAUUUUGACGGAAAGAAUAGGACGUGUCACCACGUUUCAAGUAGUGGCUCUUAUUUGGAUACUUGGAUCGGUAAUUUCUGCGAUGGUACUGAAUGUGACAAUGUUGAUAGUCGGUCGCUUGGUGCGAGGUAUCGCCGUUGGCACAUUGUCGGUUUUGCUGCCGGUGUACAUCGGAGAGGUUAUUCCAUCUAAUAAAAAAGGUGCUGCUACCUCAAUAGUACAGCUAGCAUUAACUUUGGCUAUUUUAGUGACAUUUUUCACUUGUUUCCUCUUGAAUUUUCUCGAGAACCAAAUUUCAUUCCGUGUCGCAUGGGGUUUAGAGAUGAUACCAGCUCUAGUUUUCUUCUUGUUGAGUUUUUGUCUGAGUGAAUCACCCAGGUGGCUGGUUGCGCAUGGUCAAUACGAUCGAGCACAAGAUAUUCUGCAGCAUUUUGCCCAGGGAAAAGUUAGUAACGCUAAUAUCACAAAGAUUGACAUCCUCGAGAUGUACGGAACCAACCAAAGAACUGGUUAUUGGGACCUUUUGUCGAAGCCACUUUUGAAGUACACUCUUAUUGGAGUUACGGUUCAAGUUCUGGUGCAAGCUUGCGGAAUCAACAUUCUGAUGUUUUACAUCGUGUACAUCUGUGAAAUGAUUGGCCUCAAGGGAACCAGCAAAUUAAGCGCCGCUUCUGUCCCGUAUCUCAUUAACGUGGUCUUCACUUGUAUUCCAAUUUUAACCUUAGACCGUCUGCGGCGGAAGCUCGUUAUUGUGCACGGUGGCAUUUCUUUAGCAUGCACCAUGACCUUGAUCGGCAUUAUGAUGGGUUGUUUGGGGCACAAGGUCCCCCCAGUAAAUGGAAACAGCACUAUUGUAUGGGAGGUAACCGGGACACCUGGGCUAAUUGUUUUGGCAUUGUGCUUUUUGUUUGUAGCCAUUUUCGCAUCGACACUAUCGUGCUGUGCAUGGCUAUACACAAAUGAGGUUUUGCCAGCUAGGGCCAAAUCCAAGGGUAUGGCUUUGUGUAUGGCGACUAGCUGGUUUUUGAAUUCAUGUUUGACUUUUACUACGCCGCUGCUUCUCAGUAAGAUUAAGUGGAUCACAUUUGUUCUAUUAGGAGUGGUCACCAUCAUUCUUUCAACAAUAAUUGCAAUAUGGUUUCCAGAGACUCGAGAAAAGAAGGAAUUAGAGCCCCAACCCGACGAGGUUACGUCUAAAAACUCGAAUGAGGAUACUUCUGAAGUAGAAAAGGAGACAAGGUCAGCGGCACCAUCGCCAUAUAUUCAUGAAAUGAAUAAGAUUGAGCUAAUUGCUGAGCAAGGUUAUCAAGAGACGGUUUGA